UCAGUAGUGUCAUCUGGUUUUUCCAGGGAGAGACACCUCUCAUUUUUUUCAUUAUUGCUUUUACUCUUCAGCUUCAGUGUUGUCCUUCAUUCAAAUUUUUGUGUUUGUUUUUCUUUAGUUCAACAUUAGUUUAUACACAUGAUUAAAUUAAUUAACUACGGGUGAUUCCAUUUUAAAUCAGUGGCCUGAAUAUUCCAAGUUAUUUUGUAUUGUCUUUCAUUAUUACCUUUACCUUUUGAUAUACUUGCCUUUCCUGUGAAGACCUUUUAACUGGUCAAAACACACUUUUUUCCUAACAUCUUCUUUCUCAUCUUCACUGUCUGUCUGUUCCUCUUUCUCUUUUGCUAUUGGUGUACACUCAUCAUCUGUUUCGACAAGCGAAUUGUAGUGUUAUUUGAAUCUGUUUUUGUAAUGUUAAUUUGUUAAUUUAUAUUUAAUAUUUACUAUCCCAUUCUUUUUGAUUGUUCAACCAUCUUCUUAGCAUUGUUGGGUUUCAUUCACCUUCACGGGUGAAGGUGUAAGUGACGAUUUUUUGAGUCACUUUGUUUUGGGUACUUUUCACUUGGUUUAUAUGUUCUGGUUACAAGCCCUUUAGUAAAACCUGUUUUUACUCUCAUGGAAAGUUUUGGGCUUUCUCCGGACAAAGUGGAAAAGCUAUAUCAUCAAGCUCUUCGGCUCAACCAACUCACAUAUCAAAACAAUUACAAUCCAGUCAACAAGACGAAUGGUAGUGAUUCCAAUAAAAUUGCAUCUCGGUCCACAUUAGAUAAGAGUAAAUCCGCCGUAACACAGGCAAUGUCUAGAUCUGACCCGUAUCCACCAAUGUUUGACCAAUCUUUACGAGAAUGGGAGGUUUUCAAGUAUGGAGAUGACUAUGGCUUCAAAGACUUACCUACAUCGGAGCCUUGUACAAGCAGUCCAAAAAACACCAAUCAGGAUUCCAUUGAACAAAAUUCUGAGAAUAGGUUAGCCUCAUCAAAUAGCAGUGAUUUACAAAGUUCCGGAGACCAUUCAACUGUUGAAGAUGAUGGAUUUAACCCUGAUUUUAUCAGCGUUCUUGAUAAUGCUGAAGUGAUUGGUGAAAAAUUUGUGAAGGAGAUCCAAUCAAUGAAGAAACUUUUUUCAUCAAAUGAUACUUUCAAAAAUCAAUUUGAGAAAAUAUUCUGCUCUCUUCGUAGAGAAAAAAUUAAAUUGGAGAUUGAUCUUCUUCAAGCCAAAAGGUGUAUUGAAAGUCUAAAAAAUCAACUUGUGAUAGUACAGGAAGAAGCUGAUCAAUGUAGGAGAGAGCUGGAUGAAGAAAGAAGCAGCUCAAACGCUAGAAUGUCAAAAAUGGUGAGAAGAUAUACUGAAACUAAAAACUUAUUAGAAAAAGCUCAUAAGCAGCUGGCUAUUCGACGAAGUAAUAUCUCCAAAGAAAAUUUAAAAUCAAACAACCAUCAAAACCCUCCUGUAGAAACUAAACCUGUCAAAGAAAAUGGUGAACCCAUGGAAGAUACCGCAGGAUCACCAGAAUCAUGUGAAGAAGCACAAGAUGAUUCCACCAGAUCACGUAAUGGCAAAUCGCCAGUUAGUAGUUCAUCAAUGGAUAUGAAUUCUGGUAUAAACGGAGACUGUGAUCCUAGUAAAGAAGAAAAUGAUCUUAGUAAUGGUUUUCAUCCAUUAAAUUUAACUUCCAACGGACCAACGGAACCUUUCGAGGUUACUACCGAAGAAAUGGGUCUAGAUACUUUACCUUCUGAAGCCAAUGAUCCAUGUAUAUGUGCUGCUAUUGUUGUAACCAAAGGGAGAAUUAUCCUUCAUAAUUUAAAAAGAUCUGAAUAUUUAGCAACUAUUUAUGAAUAUCGAAAAUUCAGACCCGAAUUUACUAAAAGACAAGGCUUACCACUUGACCCGAGUGAAGAAGAGUACGAUUUUGUUAAUAUGCUUCCUGGUCCCUGGUUUAAUUCCAAUAUAGAUGGCUGGUUCAUUGGGAAUGAAACACCCGAAGAAAAAAAUAAACCUCACCCGAGAUUACCGGAUUACAUCCUACUCGAAGGUCUUGUACCGGUUGAGAAGGCGCUUUAUGUACAAAACGUUGUCAUGAAAGAGGAUGUUAAACAUGCCACUCAAGUGGCCUCAGUCCUUGUUAGGCGUGUUUUGCCUGAUGUUUAUGUUAGAAACGCUCUUCUCAGCGGCAAUACCUUAAAAGACGAAUAUCCUCCAGCUAAAUGUUUUAUUGAAUCGUUGGCUAAUGGCUUACCUCUAGGUGUAGGAUAUCGAAGAUUUCUCGCCAUCCAAGCUCAUGCAUUCCGUGUUAUAGGUAAAUAUGGACCAUUAAGCUACAUUGAGAUUCAAGCUGUUCGCACAACUAUAAGUAAAUGUUUAAAGGAACGCCGACGAGACGAUCGCAGAUCUGGUUUGAAACGUAAACGAUCUGUUACUGUGUUACCAUUUACCGGAGUUUAAAUAUCAUGUAUAAACUUAAUCUUUAGUAUCGUCUUUCCCUGUAAUCAAUUCUUAUAUUUUGGAUCAUUCUCAUCAUCUUACCCAUAUCGUGGAUUCUCAUCACCUUUUUAGAUAAAUAUACACCUUCUUUUUACACGAGCUACUUUAUUUUUUUUUCAUAUCACCAUCAUCACUGAUCAUCAUCUUAAUCAUCUCUUAUCUGAAUCGUUUUUGAAAGCUCACUGGCUAUUAUCCUAUUUAAAUGGCGACUGAUUGAUCUCAUCGUUCAAAUUGUUUCUAUUGUACACAAUUCCUCGCCAUGUGUUUCUUUUGGAUCAACUUGACCUUUUGUCAGCUUAUAUCAACAUUUUUUUGAACUGUUUGAACACUUAAUCAUUUCCAUUGAUUUUUAAUAAUGUAAAAUUGAAUAAACAAAAUCAUUAGGAAU